UGUGAUGGCGCCAAAGGACCGGCUGUCGAGGAUGAGGAGGAGGAGGAGGAAGAAGAGGAGGAGGGCAGGCCAAUGAGGUGACUAGCUAGCAUGGAGGAUGCCGCUAGCUUAGGGAAUACACCGAGACGCUAAGCUAGGUGGCUAGGCUAGCGGCUAACAUUGGUGGUUUAAAGCGCAAGAGCUCUGAAGUGUCACUCCAAAGAGUCACCGCAGCACCUCAGCGGCCCAAAAUGUCCUUCAAAACACACAAAAGAACCGGCCGGACGUCUCACUCUGGCGCUGUUUCCUAUCUCCGCAAACACACCUCCCAGCAGCAUCAGAAAGGGGAGGGGUCAUUAUGAUGUUCAACUCAGCGACCACUUCUUUAGUCAGUCUCGCUGCUAGCUGCUUCUCAUCAGGACCUCCAGGUUGGGUUCUGCUGGCGUCCCCCCACUGAACAGCCCCCCGCCUCCCCUCGCUCCUGAGAGAUGCUCACUUCGCUUUCCUUCAACUUGCCGGCCUGACAAGUCCAGAGGGAUCCGGACUCUAGUCUGGACCAGGACCUCCUCCCGGGUCCAGGUGUCUCGAACAGGAGGAUUACUCUUCAUCUUCAUCCUCAUCCUCAUCCUCCGAGCCCCCCCCCCCCCGCCCCCUCCCGUUCCCCUCUACAGUCUUGUGAUGUUUUCCAUCCAGGACGGCCUCCCCCGGGGAGGUCUGACCAUGAAGGAGGAACCGCUUCCCACCGGCAUGACCCCGGUGCGUUCCUGGAUGCAGGGCGCGGGAAUCCUGGACGCCAACACGGCCGCGCAGAGCGGCGUGGGGUUAGCCCGAGCGCACUUUGAGAAGCAGCCGCCGUCCAACUUGAGAAAGUCCAACUUCUUCCACUUUGUUCUGGCACUAUAUGACCGGCAGGGUCAGCCAGUGGAGAUCGAGAGGACGUCCUAUGUGGACUUUGUGGAGAAGGACAAGGAGUACAAUGGCGAGAAGACCAACAAUGGGAUCCACUACAGGUUACAGCUUCUUUACAGCAAUGGCAUCAGGACGGAACAAGACCUUUACGUGCGCCUCAUUGACUCCAUGACAAAACAGCCCAUCCUGUACGAGGGACAGGACAAGAACCCAGAAAUGUGUCGCGUCCUGCUCACGCACGAGAUCAUGUGCAGUCGCUGUUGUGACAAGAAAAGUUGUGGGAACCGUAACGAGACGCCCUCAGACCCCGUUAUCAUCGACAGGUUCUUCCUCAAGUUCUUCCUCAAGUGCAAUCAGAACUGUUUGAAAAAUGCGGGAAACCCACGGGACAUGAGGCGCUUUCAGGUUGUGGUGUCCACCACCGUCAACGUGGAUGGUCACGUGUUGGCCGUCUCCGACAACAUGUUUGUCCACAACAACUCCAAACAUGGGCGCCGCGCACGACGCCUGGACCCCUCCGAAGCAGCCACGCCGUGCAUCAAAGCCAUCAGCCCGAGCGAAGGCUGGACCACCGGAGGCGCCACCGUCAUCCUCAUCGGAGACAACUUCUUUGACGGCCUGCAGGUGGUGUUUGGAACCAUGCUGGUCUGGAGCGAGCUCAUCACGCCUCACGCCAUCCGGGUCCAGACGCCUCCUCGCCAUAUUCCCGGCGUGGUGGAGGUCACGCUGUCCUACAAGUCCAAACAGUUCUGCAAGGGAGCGCCGGGUCGCUUUGUCUACACAGCUUUGAACGAGCCCACCAUCGACUAUGGCUUCCAGAGGUUACAAAAGGUCAUCCCUCGCCACCCUGGCGACCCCGAGAGGUUACCUAAGGAAGUGCUGUUGAAGCGUGCGGCUGACCUGGUGGAGGCUCUCUACGGGAUGCCUCACAACAACCAGGAGAUCAUCCUGAAGCGAGCGGCCGACCUGACGGAGGCGCUCUACAGCGUCCCGCGCGCUCACAACCAACUGCCGUCGCUCGGAGGCUCCGCCCACUCGGGAAUGAUGGGCGUCAACUCCUUCAGCAGCCAGCUCGCCGUCAACAUCUCAGAAGCCUCACAGGCUGACCAAGGUUAUUCCCGCAACUCCAGCAGCGUGUCUCCUCGUGGUUACGCUCCCAGCUCCACGCCACAGCAGUCCAACUACUCCACCAUCACGUCCUCCAUGAACGGGUACGGCGCGGCCGCCAUGGGCAACCUGGCCGUGCCCGGAUCGCCCGGCUUCCUCAACGGCACAGGCGCCAACUCGGCUUAUGCAAGCCCUUAUUCAUUCUCUCCUGUCCAUAUGGUCUCUGCAGUCAAACAGAAGAGCGCCUUCGCCCCCGUCGUGCGGCCACAGACCUCGCCGCCCCCCGCCUGCACCUCCUCCAAUGGCGGCAACCUGCAGGCCAUGGCGGGUCUCAUCGUCCCGCCCAUGUGAGCAGCCGCCGCCCCCUUCAGCCCCUUGGGCCAUCGGACCGGGUUGACGGAUCCCUCUGAUGGUCGUGUGACAGAUGAUGAUGUCACCUCAGUGUGGAUGACAUCAUCAGAACACCAAUCAGCCGUUUCCAGAAGAUUCCAUCAACAUGGAAGACCACACAUUUUUUUUAGUCAUCUUUAAUGUGAAUUCCUCCUUCGGGAUGGAACAAUCUCGAACCUUUCAUUCCUUCUCUUCCUAACCGGAAUGACAAUUUCCAAGCUUUUUCAAUCCGAGUUGAGUCUUCCAGCGUCUUCGCCACGAUGGCGUCUGGAGGAGCAGGAAAACUGGACCAGUGCGACUGGAAUCCUUUUCUUCUUCUUCUUCUUGUGCUUCUUUUCUAUGUGUUUAUAACCUGCAUUUGAUGUUUGCUGUCUUUUAAUAUUGUAAAAAAGAACUUUUUGUAAAAAAGUCAUGACAUCAUCGUCCAGGACGUUAAAAAGUGUUUUUUUUUCUUCUUCAGCUAAAGCUGUCCACGUCUUCUUGGUCUUUGUCUUAUUAUUAUUAUUAGUGGCUAAAGUGAAGCUAGCAGCGCCCCCACUGAACAGCUUGUGAAGCACAUUCCAAUCAGGAAGCUGUGACUUUUUGACAUUUUCUCUUUUUCGUCAUCCAACUUUGACGGCUUUUGUAUGACGCCAUCACGUGUCACAUGUUCCUACUGUAUGACAUCUUCAGUGUCAACGUCAGGUCCAACCUUCUUUCUUAUCUUCAACCAGUGCAAUGGAACUUUUCCAAAUAAGUUCAUAAAUAUAUAAAUAUAUAAAUAAAUAUAUGGAAAAAAAUACAAAAACAAGAUGGCCGACAUGAGGAGCGGAAGAAGUUGUUUCAGGAAGUGAACUUUGACCUUCUUGUUUGUUUUUCAAUGUUUUCUUUGUGUGACAAAAUGAGAAAAAAAAGUUUAUCAAAGCACAAAGUUGACCACUCCCUGUGUGCGACACGCUGUACAUACGUGUGCAUGUUUGUUUGUUUCCUCCUGUGAUACUGACGUGCUUUUUGUACAGAAUCUCUUCAAUAAAGAUGACAUCACCUGACUCCUCCCCCCCUUGUUUCGCCUACCAAAGCAUCUACAUAUGACCGCUGAAUGGAUAUCGGUGAAUAUGUAACCGAUAUAUUCACUUUUUUUUGCUGUCGCUCAGUUCCUGUGUGUCUGUGCUGCACCCUGUGCUUCCCUCUGCCCUGACACCCCCCCCUCACACACAGGCACACGCAGCUCUGCCGUCUCACUCACUCCACUUCUGCAAACUAGAUUUGUACGCCAUGGUAAGCUGUGACUUUGUAAAACAAUAUAACACUACACUUUAGUGCCACACCGACAGGGCCUGUCAAGGAGAACAUUUUCAUUUUUUUCACGCACAUAAACACAAUGUAGCAGUUGAAAAACACCUCACGUUAGUCUAUGUAUUGUCACUCUCAGCCAAAUGCAGCCACUUGUUUUUAUUUUAAAAUGCUAAACGAUAGUAUCAAAUUCUAGGCUAAUAACCAAAAUGCACUAAAUGUAUAUAUUUUCAUUUCAACGUUGUUUUUGGUAGACAGCAGAAUUCAUGGUUCCAUUUAUCACAGCAAGUCUUCCCGGUCCUGAAGCAGCACAACAGCCCCAGACCAUCACACUACCACCACCCUAUUUUACUGUUGCUAAGAUGUUCUUUUUCUGAAAUGCGUUACUUUUACGCCAGAUAUAAUGGGACACACACCCUCCAAAAGGUUCAACUUUUGCCUCGUCAGACCACAGAGUAUUUUCCCAAAGGUCUUGGGGAUCAUCAAGAUGUUUUCUGGCAAAAUUGAGAUGAGCCUUAAUGUUCUUUUUGUUCAGCAGUGGUUUUGGACUUGGAACUCAGGCAUGAAGGCCGUUUUUGCCCAGUGUCUUUCUUAUGGAGGAUUCAUGUUCUUUGGAUGUUGUUGUGGGGUCUUUUGUGAUCUCUUGGAUGAGUCGUUGCUGCGCUCUCUAUGUAAUUUUGGUUGGCCAGCCACUCCUGGGAAGGUUCACCACUGUUCCAUGUUUUCACCAUUUGUGGAUAAUGGCUCUCACUGUGGUUCGCUGGAGUCCCAAAGCUUUAGAAAUGGCUUUAUAACCUUUCCACACUGAUAGAUCUCAAAUAAUCUCAGUUAAGUUUUAACGGGGGGGCAAUUACUUUUCCA